CCGAUGGUUUCUUCCUCUUCUUAUUCUCCAUAGUUCAUCUCGUGCUCUCUCUUUUGGCAGAAAGCUAUAUAUAUAUUCAUCGACAUCGACAACGAUCGAUCUGACAGUCUCAAGUUGGCUGAAAACGCAACGAUGCAAGGGGAAGAAGAAGUGAGCAUCGAAGAGCUCUCCUCGAAUCUUUCCACUUACAAAGACCAACUGCGGCAGGUCAGACAGCUAUUGGUUGAUGAUCCUGGAAAUUCAGAAUAUGCCGAUAUGCAGAAGGAACUUGAAGAGGUUAUAGCUUUAACCGAAGAGCUGCUCGCAACUGCAAGGCAAAAUGAGAUUUCUGGAUCAGAAAUUGGGAGAAGUGCCAGUGAAUCCCUUAGUUUUUCCCCGGCAAAGGGUUCCUCUGAAAUGAAAAUGCAACCUGUUUCUGAUCAUCAUGACCUCCUUUCUAUUGGGUCUAAAGUUCAAGCCGUUUGGAGUGAGGAUGGUGAAUGGUAUGAUGCAACAAUUGAGGCUCACACCCCUAAUGGAUAUUAUGUCUGCUAUGACGGGUGGGGAAAUAAGGAAGAGGUGGACCCCGACAAUGUGAGGCCAAUUAAAGAAGGUGAGGUCAAUGCUAUAUUGGAAGCUGAGCGGGUUGCUGAAGCAACGAAACAAGCUAUCAAAAGGAAGAUUGCGCAAGCUGCGACAGUCGAUUUCCAGUCAAGAACAUUGCCAGCAAAGCUCCGAAUAGAACCAGAUGACCCUGAAGAUGUGAAAACAGCAAAGCGCAAAAAGAUACAUUCUUUCAAGUCAAAAAUGAGAAUGGAACAACUUGAAGUUGCACAGAAUAAGCGGCAAAAUGAUUGGCAGCAGUUCCAAUCAACCAAAGGCAGGGCUAAAAAGAUUGGUUUCCUCACUGGGAGGAAACGUGAGAGCAUCUUCAAGUCUCCGGAUGAUCCACAUGGUAAGGUUGGUGUCACCGGAAGUGGGAAAGGAUUGACAGAGUUCCAGAAGAGAGAAAAGCAUUUGCAUCUCAAGGGAGCUAAUGUUGAGGCCAGCGAUGAGUAAAUUUGUUGGUAGUGUUUCGCCUUUUGUUAACCAGUAGUCAAUGGCAAUGCUCCUUGAUGCAGCAGGUAGCUUUUGCAUUUUUAGAACGAGUAUACCCACCUCAUUUCUUCUGUUAGCAGCGCAUUCCACCAGCUGUAAAAAACCGCCAACCUAUGGGACGCUUAUGGUACAAGUUGUAGGACUCCAUUUGAACAACGAGCCAUCUCCACGCGGGCUCAGCUGAUCAGUAUCUCCUUCAGUUUUGUGGACUAGUUGAGUUGCUGCUAAAUCAUACUGAUAGUAAAGAUUUAUGUCGAGGAUUAUAGGAUUUAAGGCCUCUGAUUCUUCCCGUGAUGUUCUUUGCCUUGCUAUGAACCUUUUGCUUCUGUUUCAGAUCUGUUGUAAUCACCCUCCCUAAAUUUAGAAUAAAAAUUAGAAGCAGCAAUAACCUUAAAUAA